UGCGUGCAUGGGCGCGCAUCGGCGUCGGUGUAUCCCCGCGCCAGAUGCGUGCCUCGUCUAUUGGGUUGGGUCAGCAAGCCAGCUUGGCAGAAGGGGGGAGGAACCCCCGGGGGGAUCACGCUAGAAUACAUGAAAAGAGGAAGAGGGGGGGAGGGGGACAAAUGAAAGAGAAGGCAGUAACACAAGGACAGAAGGGGGUGGCCAGCACCGAGGCGCCAUCCAUGCUAGUCCUGCUUCGAUGACGGGGCCGCGCCCCCGGUCGAUGUCGGACUGCGCAGAGACUGCCGGCUGAAGAUCCCCGCGUAGGGCACAAGCCCGGGGCCCGGGCCGCUGGCCGGUCGCCGGGCAAACGGCCCCGACCCGGCGUCCAUCCCGCCGACGGCACUGCUGCCGCCUCCCGGGGCCAGCGGCCCGGAGGCCGACCCACUGAGCGCGAAUUCCCCAUGCGGGCCCAGGAGCCCACCCGUGCCGGACGACCCGGCGCCAGCACCGGACCCAGCCCCCCCGGAAAAGGCGAAGGGCUGGCCCCGGCGCCGGCCGAGCCCCGGCCGCGGGGACACCAGCGCCCCGGCCGCCGCCGGCAAUCGGGUCCGCCACCAGGCGGUAUCCAGCGAGUAGGUCCGCAGGAGGUUGUCCCCCUCAUCGGUGUCGCCCGGGCCAUCCGGGCGCUCUUGCAACGGCGGGUACAGGGAAUUCUCAUCAUGAAUGGAGGCCAUGCUGGGGACCCGAUCAAUGCCGGACCCAGCCCCGGCGGCCCGGGCCACCAGCCCGCCGCCCAUCGGACCCCCGGGACCAUGCUCCGACAGAAGCGAAUGCUGCUGCUCGAGGGCACUGGCGGCCACGGCCGCACCACCGUCACCGGCCCCGCCAUCCGGCGGGCACUCGCACUCCGCGCCAUCCGGCCCGGCAGGAGCCCCACAUUGGGGGCACUCAUCCGGCCCGGCGAUCGGCGAGUCGGGCGGUGCGUGCUCCCCGACCGCGGUCUGGUGGCGCUGCUGCUGCUGCUGCUGCUGCCCGCCUGCCAGGCCGGCCGCCGGGUCCACAUGAGGCACCCCCUGGAUCAGCUCAUACCGGCCAUUGACGAGCUCCAUGUGCACGAUGCCGGCAUUCUUCAGCUGCCCGGCCCGGUCGAACUUUUCCACACUCCACCGGUAGUAGCGCAUCAGGAAGAGACGAAUGGACAGCCCGUGCGAGACAAUGACAAUGGUCCGCGGCCGGGCGGCCCCCCGCCGGCGCAUCAGCCGAUUCAAGGACUCCAGGAAGAGCGACACCCGGUCGAAGACAUCGGCCCCGGACUCGCCGCCGUCCGGGAACCGGAAGAAGAACCGCCCCAGGCGGCUGCGACGCUCCCACAGGGCCCGCUGGGCCUUCUCCGACCGGGGCUGCAAAUUGCCGCAAUCCUGCUCCCGGAGCCGGGGGUCCUCGAUGACCCGCGGCGAGAAGUCCAUCCACUCGGGCGGGAUCUCCUCCUGGAGAGCCUGCAGGGUUUGCUUGCAGCGCUCAUAGGGGGAGGUGUAGAAAAGGAGCAGCUCAUUGUGCCCGGACCCGAGGCCCAGAUGCCGGCCAUCGGCCGACCCGGCCGGGUGCUCCUGCUGGCGCUCAUCCAUCCGGUCGUACAUGCGCACAAGCCGCGUGAGCCGGGCCCCGGCCGCGCGGGCCUGCUCCCGGCCGCGCUCGGUCAGGCCGAUCUGGCUGUCCGGCGUGCGGGAAUACACCGACGGGUCGACAUUGGCCUCGGAUUCCCCAUGGCGGACCAGCAAAAUCCGCCGGGGGGCCGUUCGCAGGAAACGCCGGUUGUCCGCCUCCUCGAUCCACCGGAGCAGCAGCGCCCCGAUGGCAUCGCGCAGCCGGGCCAGCAGGGCCGUCAGCAAGUCCCCCAGCCAGAGGGCCCAUUGCCGCAGCAGCAGCACCGGGGCCAGCAGCAGGCGCCACAGCCCGGCCACCGUCGGCCCGGAGGCCCCGGAUGGCGAGGGGCCCGGCGGCCGGGAAGCCCGGUCGAACCUCGACCCCGGGCCCGGGGGUCCAUCCGCCGGGCGCGGCGACGACAGGCACGCCUGCAGCCAGGACCCCAGGCCAAAGAGGUCGCCCAGUCUGGCGGUCGGCUCGGAGGGGGGCGGGAAGGGGCGCUUCGUCCUCGGGGCCGGCUGGGAAAGGAGAUCCUGCAGCGAGGCCUCCGACCGGAGGCUGGCCGACCGGGAGGCGGGGCCCUCCGGGGUCGAGCCCCCGGCCGUCACCAUCGGCAGGGUGCCGGCCGUCAGGAUCUGCGACGCCGAGGGCGACGAAGAGGUGGUGGAGGCCGGCGAGAAGGGCCCGGCCAGGUGGCCUGACAUGCCGGCCCCCGGGCCCGGGGCCCCCCGGCGAAUGGUCACCGCCCCGGGGGAGAUGACCGGCAGCGGGAUGGACGGGGCCGAUGCGCGGCGCUGGCGCUCCGGCGUCACUUGCAGCAGGCUGGUGAGGGACUUGCCGCGGAGGGGGGCCGACCCGGGCCCGCCGGUGGCCGAGGCCGGGAAGCCUGCCGGCCCGGGGGAGGGCUGGCGCUGGGGGCCCGAACCCCCGGGGUAUGGGCCCUCCUCGGCCACCGGGGCCAGCGGCCGCAAGUCGGGCCGGCUGAUGAUGAUGGUCGGGUUCGGGGCCGGGGGCGCCACCAGGCUGUCCAGGGUGUCUCGCGAGGAGGAGGAGGAGGAGGAGGAGGAGGAGGGGGAGGUGGUGGAGGUGGAGGCCGGGGCGGAGGAGGACACCUCAGUGCUGAGGGCCAUGUGUGUCAGCCCGCCGGAGGGGUUGACCUCGAUGCUGGAGGACUCGUCGUUGGACGAAUCGGCCGGGCUCAGGGAUGCGUCUGCCGGCUGCCCGGGGAUCCGGCUCAUGGUGAUGAAGCGCGGGCUGUAGGGCAGCGGCCGACGACCGGCCCCGGCCGAGCUGCGUGACACAUGCGAUGCUGGGGCCGGUGCGGUGUGGGGAUCGCCUCGCGGGAGCGCCAGCGGCUCGGCGACGCCUCCAACCGGCGUGGGGCCCUGGGUGGUGGCGGGCCCCGCAUCGUCGGGGGGGCUGAGCGGCUGCUCGAUGGCCUCUCGCGAGGAGACGGGCGAGAUCGGGCCUGGUGCAAUCAUGGGCGGUGGCGGAGCAAGUGCUGACGGUGAUGACGGCGAAAGUGCAUGACACUCUUCGGUGGCACCCAUGCUGUGUGGGAGCGCACGAGAGAGGGAGACCGAGAGAGAGAGA